AUGGAUUUCCACAACAAUGGGUCCAAUGAGUGGUGUGGUUUCCAUAUGGAGAUGCUUGGGAGUUUAGUUUUCUGCAUUUCCACUGUAUUCAUGUUCUUGUUGCCAAGCAGUAUAAUAAAGCCAGAGAAUGUUGGUUUAACUCUCUCCUACGGAUUGCCCCUGAAUGGUGUGCUGUUCUGGGCCAUUUAUAUGAGCUGCUUUGUCGAAAAUAAGAUGACCUGUGUUCCUCCUUCAAAUUGGCCUUCCCAUGGCAAUGUCGAGCUCAAAGACUUGCAGGUAGUUUAUCGUCCAAAUACACCUUUGGUUCUCAAAGGCAUUAGUCCAAGCAUUCACGGGGGUGAAAAGAUUGGUGUUGUGGGUCGAACAGGGAGCGGGAAAUCAACUUUGAUCCAAGUGUUCUUUAGGCUGGUGGAACCUUCAGGAGGCAAAAUUAUCAUCGAUGGGAUUGAUAUAACCACAAUAGGGCUUCACAAUAUCAGGUCUCGCUUCGGGAUCAUUCCUCAAGAACCUGUCCUUUUUGAAGGAACUGUGGGAAGCAACAUUGAUCCAGUAGGAAUGUAUUCAGAUGAAGAAAUUUGGAAGAGCCUUGAACGCUGCCAACUUAAAGACGAGGUAGCGGCAAAACCUGAUAAACUCAAUUCUUUAGUAGCUGAUGACGGCGAAAACUGGAGCAUGGGGCAAAGACAGCUUCUCUGUUUGGGGCGAGUUAUAUUGAAGCACAGCCGGCUCUUGUUCAUGGACGAGGCCACGGCUUCAGUUGAUUCACAGACAGAUGCUGUAAUACAAAGGAUCAUCCGAGAGGAUUUUGCUGCAUGUACAAUAAUCAGCAUUGAAAAUUCUCAUCUCUCUCUCUCAUGCGGAGUUGAAGUUGGGUUUUAG